GACGGAGUAGUAAUACAGUGAAAGGUCAGAGGUCAAACCAACAUGGCUUCGAUGGUCCAAAUUUUGCUGUCUGCUGGCAGGCCCGCUACCAAUCUCCUUUACAGGAGAUGUGCGGCAAACGACUUCAGAUCAGUUAUAAGACAGUGCAACAGAUGUUAUUCUCAGCGAAGUUGUGUUUUAUUAUCUACGGCGGUGGCAUCCCAUUUGCCGCCAAGACUGGGAUGUUUAGUCGGCGGUACGACUUUGGCUGCCGCCGGGGUCUUUGGUCUAUUCUCGUCCGUAAAAGACAGAGAAGAAGGUCCGAAGGACGACGACAUCACGUUGAUGGUGAAACGUGCCAAACUUUUGAUAGAGCAAGACAAAGGCGCGGAAGCGGAGAUCAUCCUUCACCAGGCCCUGAAACUGUCUCAAGCGCGACAGAUCGACUACGCCACCGCCUAUGUGUACGACAUGCUGGGGGAACUGGCACUCAGUCAGGAACACUGGAGUAAAGCUGAAAGGUUGUUCAAGGAAACCCUGAAAGUUCUGGUGUCCUCAGGAACCGACCAGGAUGAUAACGCAGUUCUGGAGAUCUCCAUGAAGAUAGCCGGGAUCUACGCCAGUCAGGGGCGUACUGACCUGGCACAGCAGGGGUACCAGUGGUGCGUGAAGACCCUGGAGGAGAAGAUCGCCAACAAGUCCACGGAUGAGGACACGGUCUUGUUGCUAGGUAUGUGUCUACACCACUAUGCAGCCUUUGCUGCUCUGCAAAAACAACUGUUCCAUGCCAGGACACUGAUGAGCAAGGCCCUGAUGAUCUGUAGAACUGUCCAGGGGAAUGAACAUCCUCAGACGGGGGUUCUACUCAACGACCUGGGGACCUUGUAUGUGGAACAGGGUUUAUACGAAGAAGCUAUUGGCUGCUUUCAGGAGGCUAAGGAGGUGGCGGAAAAAAGCUCCGCUGAGGACCUGCCUGCUAUCUUGUGCAAUAUGGGAACGACUUUAAUGCACAAGAAAGAGUUUAAAGAAGCCAAGAAGACGUUACAAGAAGCUCUAGCUCUUGCUAAGAAGAAUCAUGAUGGCUUGUCUAAAAAGGAGGUUUUGCUCUGCUUGGAAGAUUUAGAGAAGGCCAGAAAGGCUGAGAAACUGAAUGCUGCAAAGAGUGAUGGCAAACAAUCCAGUUGAAAACAUGAACUUUUAUUUUCUUGACACAAUGGUUAUCUGUAAUUUUUGUGCAUUUUUUUCCUGUUUAGCAAAAAUCUGAGCAUUUUUAUAGAAAUCUAAUUAUGUAAUUGUUAAAUGACCAUUCAUAUCCACAAUAAUCUCUUUGUAACGUUAUGUUAUACUCAUCGAAUUCACAUUUCUCUCAACACUUCUGCUCUAUUGUCUGCUUUUUUUUUUACAAAGUACAAAGAUAUGUGAUCAUAUUUUUUGUUCACGAUAGCUUUUAAUUAGUACUCAUUACAAAGGUCACAUUUUUUUUUACAUAGCAUAACAUUUUCAGAU